AGGGUCAUAAUCCCUGACUGCAAACGCUGGCAGCUCCAGAGACCAAGGGAAAAGCAGGGGCAGAUGGUAGUCUGGGGAGAAGCAGCCCACACCAGAUCCUCGGCCUGCGGGGGACAGGCCUAGAAAGAGCAGGUAGGGGAUCUGUUGGGGACCAGAGACUAGAAGCAGUAAGGUGCAGAUCAUGCAGAGGGUCAGGAAGAGGUCGCCCAGAAGGGGGGAAGAGCGUCCAGGGUGCUAACCCUUCCCACAUCCAGGGGCCUGCGACAGCCAUCGAAACAUCUGAAGCCAUGGCCAGUGGAGAGGAUGGGCCGAGGAGCUGUGUGGUGUGCGGGGACCGAGCCACAGGCUACCAUUUCCACGCCCUGACCUGUGAGGGCUGCAAGGGCUUCUUCAGACGCACAGUCAACAAAAGCACUGGUCUCACCUGCCCCUUUGCUGGAAGAUGUGAGGUCAGCAAGGCCCAGAGACACCACUGCCCAGCCUGCCGGUUGCAGAAAUGCCUAGACGUUGGCAUGAAGAAGGAAAUGAUCCUGUCGGCAGAAGCCCUGGCAGCACGGCGGGCAAAGCAGGCCCAGCGGCGGGCCCGGCAAGUCCCUGCGCAGCUGAGCAAGGAGCAGGAGGAGCUGGUGCGGACACUCCUGGGGGCGCACAGCCGCCACGUGGGCACCAUGUUCAACCAGUUCGUGCAGUUCAGGCCUCCUGCUCAUCUGUUCAUCCAUCACCAGCGCCUGCCCGUCCCGGUCCCCGAACUGCCCCUGCUCACGCACUUCGCGGAGGUCAACACCUUCAUGGUACAGCAAGUCAUCAAAUUCACCAAGGACGUGCCUCUCUUCCGGUCCCUGCCCAUGGAGGACCAGAUCUCCCUGCUCAAGGGAGCAGCGGUCGAAAUCUGUCACAUCGCACUCAAUACCACUUUCUGUCUCCAAACACAAAACUUCCUCUGCGGGCCGCUCUGCUAUACGCUGGAAGACGGCGUCCAUGCGGGCUUCCAGCAAGACUUUUUAGAGUUGCUCUUUCACUUUCAUGGGACACUGAGACGACUCCAGCUCCAGGAGCCCGAGUACGUGCUCAUGGCCGCCAUGGCCCUCUUCUCUCCCGAUAGGCCUGGGGUUACCCGGAGGGCGGAGAUCGAUCAUCUGCAAGAGGUGGUGGCAAUGACCCUGCAGAGCUACAUCAAAGGGCAGCCGCCAAGGCCUGGGGACACUACCUCCUCCAAAGGUUUCUGUACGCGAAGCUGCUGGGCCUGUUGGCUGAGCUCCGGAGCAUUAACAACGCAUACGGGUACCAAAUCCAGCACAUCCAGGGCCUGUCCGCCAUGAUGCCGCUGCUCCAGGAGAUCUGCAGCUGAGGCCCCCGCAUGCCUCCUUCCACAGCCCAUCUGGACACGUUGGACUGGAAAGGGGAAAAUGCUGGGGCCAGAGGUUGGGACCGGUAGGAACGGAGCACAGUGGUUGCAAUGAAAGACGAAAGCAGUGAA